GCACGAGAGGAUCAUCAGGCAAUACUUGACGAGUUUGAACGAAAAAAACGUGCAAGAACCCUAGCUGUACCCACCGAUGACGGUCGUGUAAGAGCAAAGCUUAGAGAGCUUGGUGAACCCCAAUGCUUAUUUGGAGAAGGUCCCGGUGAUCGACGUGAUCGUUUGCGAUAUUUAUUAUCAAAAUUAGAGGGUGCUGAAAUAGUUCCUGAUGAGGAAGAUGAAUCUGAGAGUGAAUCUGAGGAAGAAAGGGAAGAAGAGUUUUUCACUCAAGGGACCUUAGAACUUUUGGAAGCUCGUCGAUGGGUCGCGAGAUAUUCUUUACCGAG